CAUUGCCUUUACAAUACUUACUAUAUAGCAAUGGGAGCUACUACGCUACAAUUGAGUUUUAAAGAAAUGCAAGAAUUAUGCUUUAAUUCUCUGCAAGAUUGCAGCGCUACUAAAGAGAUAUUAACAGCUGUUCCAGAAGAUUUUCAUGUUAUAAAAUAUGAAUUCAAUCUGAUUGGCGAGCAUCCGGCCGGUUAUUUGGGUGUUCAUCAGUAUCUUUUAGUGGAAAUUUCUAAUCCUUUCAAAUGUGAUACUAACGAUGAGACAUACAAAGUAUUGAGAUUUUUUACUAAAUCCGCUCCUAUGGAAAUUCCUUCACGUAUGGCUUACAUAGAAGAGUUUGGUGUAUUUAAAAAGGAAAUAUUAGUCUAUCGUGAGGUACUGCCGCAUUUAGAAUCAAUUUUCGGUCAAGUGGCUCCGAGAUGCUAUUACGCCGAUAAAAAUAUGUUAAUAUUCGAAGAUUUAAAGCACAAGAAUUAUCGAAUGGAUGCUAAACGCGAUGGCUUAUUAGAUUAUCAGCAUUUGAGUUGCGCUAUCAAGUCUUUAGCCAAAAUGCAUGCAGCGUCUUUGAUCUAUGAAAUAAGAAUGAAGAGUAAGAUAAAUGCUUUACAUCCAGACGCAGUAGUCGAGAAUGCUUAUCCUUUGAAUAUGAAAGCAAAUCACGUUCGUUAUCAGAAUUUUUCGAAUGCUGUAAAUGUUUUUAAAGAAAUUCUAAGAGUUUUACCGAAGUAUGAAAAAAAUUUGGAAAAUAUUUUACAUCAGUUACCGGAAAAAAUGCAAAAAAUUUUCAAAUUAUCUCAAACUUCUAAUAAAUAUUGCAACGUGUUUAGCCACGGCGAUCUUUGGGCUAAUAAUGUAAUGUUUCAGGAUUCGCUAAGUGAUAAUGAACCCAUUGAGUGCCGUUUCGUUGACUUUCAAUUGGCACGUUACGCUCCUCCUAUGCUCGAUUUGAUUACCCUUCUAACGAUACCAACUAGUCGUGAGUUUCGAAAAAGACAUUUAAUGUCCUUGCUCACGGAAUACUAUCAAUACAUGUCACACUUAAUGAAAGGGGAAAGUUUGUCAUUGAAUCAAUUUCUAACUCAAGAACAAUUUUAUGCUUCAUUCGAAGAAUUUCGUAUAUGCGGUUUAAUCGAAAGUCUAUUGUUUUCGCAUUUGACUAUACUUCCAGAAGAGUUGACUCAAAGUUUGACUUCAUCGGCGAAUGGUUUUAGUGAUUUUUUCAAUCGCAAACGUGUAGAGAUAUGUUUGAAAGCUUUUCAUACCGACGAAGUUUACCAUACGAGAUUAUGUGAUAUGUUGGAAGAUUUAGUAGAUAAUUUUGUAUUAAAUUAAAUUUCAAAUGUAUGUAACUUAGAGUUAAUGGUUAUUUUAA